UUUCUUUUCAAUUUGCUUUGAGAGAGAGAGAAAGAGUGAGUGAGUGGAAGCCAUGGAAAUGCAGCAAGUUCAUGAAGGGAAAGGGAAGCUCUCUGUGGAGACUACACAAAGAGAAGAAGGUCAACAAGUAUCUAAGGAAUCUAAACGAGGAGGAUGGAUUACCUUCCCCUUCAUUACAGGAAGCGUCAUGGGUCUUUCCAUAGCAACCGGUGGGUGGGCGGCGAAUCUGAUAGUAUUUCUAAUAACAGAGUUCAACGUUAAAAGCAUUGCCGCUACAAAAAUCUACAACGUUGUACUCGCUUGCAGCAGUCUCUUUCCCAUCGCCGGUGCAAUCAUUGCCGACUCUUUCUUCGGCUCCUUCCCUGUUGUUGCCACCUUUGCCUUUGUUUCCUUACUGGGUACGAUAAUGCUGACCCUAACGGUAACAAUAAAUUCCUUGAGGCCAGCGGAAUGUGCAAUUGGGUCUUACGCCUGCGAAGCCCCGUCAAAUCUUCAAUAUGCAAUCCUCUACAUGAACCUAACGCUGGCUUCGCUAGGGUUCGGAGGCACACGCUUCACGAUUGCGACGAUGGGAGCCGAGCAAUUUGACAAGCCCAAAGAACAGGCCGCUUUCUUCAGCUGGUAUUACUUCACCCUCUACAUUGCGAACGUCAUCAGCUUCACCGCCAUCAUAUAUGUUCAGGACAACGUGGGCUGGGGGUUAGGGUUCGGAAUAUGUGCCGUUGCUAAUGCCGUUGGCUUGGUCGUGCUUGUGUUGGGAAAGCGAUUCUAUCGCCAGGUUAAGCCCAAGGGAAGCCCUUUCAUAAGCAUAGCUCGCGUCAUGGUUGCAGCAAUCAGGAAAAGGAAAGUUUCGAGAGCUUCUGGAAGCCUGGAUUAUUAUUUUGGAGCCACUGGGAAUAUGUUAACAAUGGAAGAUGGCUCACCGACUAAAAGUUUAAGAUUCUUGAAUCGUGCAGCACUGAAAACUGAAGGAGACAGACAAAUAGACGGCUCGUAUGCAAGAUCAUGGAGGCUAUGUACCGUGGAAGAAGUGGAAGACUUCAAAAAACUAAUAAGAAUCGUUCCAGUAUGGUCUACUGGCAUUUACUUAGGCACUACAUUAGGCAUUUUCACCAGCCUCACAAUUCUCCAAGCCCUAACAAUGGACCGCCACCUUGGUCCCCAUUUCAAAAUCCCAGCUUCCUCCUUCGUAGUCUUCAACCUUUUAGCUACAACCAUCUCAAUCUUAACCAUCGACAAUUUCUUCCUCCCUACAUGGAAAAAUCUGACUCGCAGAUCUUUGACACCUCUCCAACGCAUUGGAAUUGGCCACGUCAUCAACAUCCUUGCCAUGGUGGCGUCUGCCCUAAUCGAAACUAGACGGCUCCACGUGGUCCGAGCUCAUCGACUCACUGGCCAAUCAGGCGGCUUGGUUGUGCACAUGUCAGCUCUAUGGCUCGUGCUGCCGCUAGUCGUUAUUGGCAUUGGUGAGGGAUUCCAUUUCCCAGGAACAGUUGCAUUGUAUUAUCAAGAAUUUCCAAAGUCGCUGAAAAGUACUUCCACUGCUAUGGUGUCGGUGUUGAUCGGAAUUGGGCUUUAUCUAAGUACAGCAAUCACAGAUUUGACAGAUAAAACGACAGGAUGGUUACCAGACAAUAUCAACGACGGAAGAGUGGAUAACGUGUUUUGGAUGAUGGUGGUGAUUGGAACUAUAAAUUUUGGGUACUUUCUAUGUUGUGCUAAGAUGUUCAAGUACGACCAACACGUUGAGGACCAUGAUGAUAAUGGGCUGGCUCACUGAGGCCGGGGUUUUAUAAUUAGUUGGUUAAUUUAUUAAUUAUCAAUUUGAUAAAUAAUAAUGCACUGUAUUUUCUUUCUCAUC